AUGUUUUUUAGGAAACUGUGCUUAUUUUCUUUCCUCACACCAUUGGAAGUUAAAACCAAGUUUUAUAGUUCAGAGAUGAGUGAUUUAUUUCUUGAAGUCCAGAUUCAGAAUAUUUCAUCUUCAACUGUCUUUAUACAAAAGGUUUCCUUAAAGCCAUCUGAAAUGUACACUGGGGCAGAAUUAAAUACUGUUAAUCAGGCUGGAGAAGAUGAGUGCACCUUUGGAACGAGACCAAUUUUGCAGUCAAUGGAAGGACGCCAGUAUUUAUACCACCUUCAGCUCAAGCAGGAAUUUUCAGAGAAAGCUGGUACCAUUAGGGGACUAACAAAAAUGGGAAAAUUGGACAUAGAGUGGAAAAGAAAUCCAGGUGAAAUGGCAAUACUACGGACAAUCCAACUUGAAAGAGAGGCCCUAGUUUAUGGAAACAUGAAGCUAUCUUUGGAGACAAUCCCAGAUACUGUAAUUCUAGAAGACCCUUUUCAUAUUACCUGUAAGAUAACGAACUGUGGUGAUAGGAAAAUGAAAUUGUUUUUGAAGACGUGUGAUACAGAUUCUAUUCGUUGGUGUGGAAGUUCAGGAAGGUAUCUUGGAAAGCUGCCACCAAAUUCAUCUCUCCACUUUACUCUGACACUACUGUCCUUAAAACUGGGCCUGCAAAGUGUCUCUGGCAUAUGGAUAACAGAAAAGUUAUUAAAGAAAACAUAUGUCUGUGAUGAUGUUGCAAAAGUCUGUGUAAUAUCUUCCAUGAUUAAAAUGAAAAGCUGA